GCGGCAGCAUCGUGUCGGCUGCGCGCACGCAUCGCGCUCGCUCCUCACUGGCGAAAGAACGUCAACAAACUGUUUUUGUUUGCUUUUUAGUCACCAAAAAGCAAGGAGAAGAAGAAAAAGGACGCGUUGGAGAAAUUGACUUUGCUUGACUUCUGUUUGGACUUACUUGGUGAAGUUUCUUGCCUUGAAUAUGAUUUGAACGCCAACGAACAGGAUGAAUCUGCGCUUCGUGCAAACGCUGCGUGCCGUGUCGCUGUUGUGGUGGUGGCUGCGCUCGCCGGGGGCGUACGGCCAGUGCGACGAGCCGCCCGAGUCGUCCAAAGUCAACCUUUCGUCAGACCACCGUCUCCCAACGUUCACCGCCGACUUUCCGGUCCAGAACAUGGUGACGCUUGACGGUAUUGUCUACGUGGGUGCCGUCAACCGGAUCUACGCGCUGGCGCCCAACCUUACCAAGCUGUCAGAGUAUCGCACGGGGCCGCUGUUCAGCAACGAGACCUGCGGGUCGGGCGGCGCCGGCGGGGAGGUGGACAACCACAAUUUAGCCCUGGUGGUGGAGAAGAUGUACGACAAAGGCUUGUACAGCUGCGGCUCGGCCGACAACGGCGUCUGCCGCCGCCACGUGUUGGACGACGACGUCAGCCCCAAGACGGUGGACGAGGACGUGUACUGCUUCGCCUCUGAGGUGGGGCUGGGCAGGGGGACACCGGCCGACGCCGACGUGGUGGUCGGUCCGCCGGGCUCACGGGUGCUCAGCGUGGAGAGCAACGUCAUCCUGUUCUUCGCGGGCAACUCUGAGAUUCCCGGUUCGGGAAGCCCGCCCGACGCCGCGGCUCGACCUCACACCGUCUCCCUGAGGAAGAUGAAGACGAGCCAGGACGGGUUCACCUUCUUCUCGGGCCUGUCCCACAUGGAUCUGAUCCCGUCGCUGCGCGGGAAAUACUACCUGCAUUACGUCCACUCCUUCCACAGCGGGCCCUUCACGUACUUCCUGACGGUGCAGCAGGUGAGCCGGCACUCGCCGUCUUUCCACACGCGGAUCGUGCGGAUGUGCUCCUCGGAUCUGGUCAUCCGCCGCUACGUGGAGCUGCCGCUGGAGUGCAUCAGCACCGACAAGCGGCGGCGACGCUCGGUCGAGGAUGUCAAGGUGUUCAACCUGCUGCAGGCGGCGCACGUGACCAAGGUGGGCGACGACGUGGAGCUGCAGCGCCAUCUGAAGGUGGAGGAGGGUGACGACGUGCUCUUCGCUGCCUUCGCGCGCGGCAAACCCGACUCCAGCGAGCCCACCGCCAACUCGGCCGUGUGUGUCAUGAGCAUCAAGCACCUCAACAACAUGUUCCAGAUGUACAUGCAGAAGUGCAACACAGUGGACCCGUACCAUUUCACCGGCUCUGAUGGCAGGGCCUGCUACAACAUGAGCUCGUCAGACGAGUGCGACCCGCACGAGGGCAUCCAUGAGGGCAAGGAGGGCAAGUACCGCCUGCAGGUGACCCAGUUUGUGCAGCGUCUGGAGUACUGGCACAAGGAUCUCACCGGAACCCUGGUAACCUCCAUCAAGGUGCUACCUGUCCAUGGGCACGCUGUUGCUUUCCUUGGCACCGCCGAUGGACGCCUCAUCCAGGUUCGCUUCUCCCGCUUGGCCUCACCACACGUCAACCUGCGCUUGGACUCGCAACCCGUCACGUCCUCGGUGGCGCUGCUCAACGGACAGGACGGCGGAGCUCUGCUGUUGGCAACCGGGAACAAGAUCACCAAGGUUCCCCUGAUUGGACCAGGCUGCGGUCAGCUGACGACCUGCACUUCCUGUUUACUGUCGUCGCGGGUGACGGAGUGCGGCUGGUGUGAUGGCCGCUGCACCCGAGCCCACCAGUGCCCCGUACCCUCCAGCUGGACACAGGAGUACUGUGUGCCCAUCGUCACCAAGGUGUCUCCGUCGUCUGGGCCACUUCGAGGCACCACCGUGGUGACCGUUUGCGGCCGGAACUUCGGCUUCGACCGGACAGAAAGCUUUAAGGCGUCGCUGGUGAGCGUGGAGCUGGCCGGCACCCCCUGCAAACUUCCCAAACAGGACAACCUUAACAGGUGGACUGAGAUGCAGUGUUCCCCCACCAUCGCUGGGAACUUCACCCCGUCGGGACACGCCGUCAAGGUCACCAGUGGACACAAGGUCGUGCACAUGGAGGGCGCCUUCACCUUUGUGGAUCCAGUGAUCGACAAGAUCUUCCCGACGUUCGGGCCCAAGUCCGGCGGCACCAUGCUGACCAUCACAGGUUCUUUCCUGGACACCGGCAACAAACAAGAGAUUACUGUUGGCAAGGCGGCCUGUAAAAUCCAGAGUUUGUCAUCGGCCAUGCUGACCUGCAAAACGCCGCCGCACGCGGUCCCGUCGGCACAGCCUGUCAAACUAACGGUGGACUCCGUAGAGCGCCACGCUCCCACCCUCUUCACCUACAACCAGGACCCUCUCAUCAACAGCAUCCAGCCGUCACGCUCCUUCAUCAGUGGAGGCUGCACGCUGUCGGCUCACGGCUUCUUCCUGCAGUCGGGCCUCCAGCCUGAAAUGGUCCUGACCACCGGACAAGAUGCCGUCGUCUUCCACGUGAGUUGCGUGUAUGGCGAGAACCGCACCUCCAUCCAGUGUACCACGCCCUCCCUUGCCAAACUGUCCCUGCCGCCGCCGGUGGUCACUAAGGUGGCGUUUAUCCUGGACGGAUACUCCACCGACCAGUGGGACCUUAUCUACGUGGAGGACCCCCUCUUCCAGGACCCCAAGCUCACGUCCAAGGACAACAAGAGCGUCGUGGAGCUCAAGGGCGACCACAUGGACCGGGAGGCGAUGAAGUGCCAGGUGCUGACCGUGUCCAACCGCAGCUGCGAGAGCCUCACGCUGGUGGGCAACACGCUGGAGUGCACCGUCCCCAACGAGCUGCAGGCAACCACCGCCAAGGGGCUGCAGGUGGAGUGGCGACAGGCCGACUCCAUCCGUCACCUGGGCAAGGUGACGUUGGCGCAGGAACAAGACUACACGGGUCUGGUGGUGGGUUGUGUGCUGGUCACCCUGCUCCUGCUGAUGCUCGCUACGCUGCUCAUGUGGCGCAGGAACAAGCGCAUUGACGAUCUGUCUGAGGUGUGGUACGACGGCCGCGGUGACAUCCAGCAUCUGGACAGGCUUGCUAGCGCCAGGGGUGUCAGUCCCACUAACGAAAUGGUGUCUCACGAGUCUGUGGACUAUAGAAGUACGCUGCUGGACGACCAGAACACAGAGCGACCCGAGACGUGCCGGGCAGCCCCCAUCCUGUACGGGUCCGGCCGGGAGCCGCUAUCUCCCCGAAUGGGGGCCCUGGCCCGCGGGUUUGGGAUGGAAAGCGAGCUGGUGUCGCCGCUGCUGAUGGCGCCGGUCCACAUCGACCUGACCAGUCUGCAUCCGGACCUGCUGAGCGAGGUCCAGCAUGUGGUGAUCGCCCGGGACAGACUCCUGCUGCACCUCAACCAAGUCAUCGGGAGAGGUCACUUUGGAUGCGUCUUCCACGGAACCUUGCUAGAGCCGAACGGUCAGAACCAACACUGCGCCAUCAAGUCUCUGAACCGUCAAGCAGAAUGGAACAUCUGUAUCCCUUUUACGCCGGAACAGUUUUACUGUGUCACAGUGGAGUUUUUAAGCUUACGCUGUGGUUUCUUAGUAUUAUAAUUGAAGUUUAUUGAGAAUCAGAGUCGAUCAGUUGAACAGAACAACGUUUCUAGAGGGGAGAGAGAAACAAAGACAAAAGACAAAGCACUAAUUGUAAACAGGAUGAGAAAAGUAAGUCAUUACAUUAUCGACAACAAUGAAACAUUAAAUAGGAGGCUGAGGACCCCACCCAGUCAAUCGAGGGGCAGCAUGAGGCCCAGGGGUCCACCCGAGAGCAGCCCGGUGGACGGGACACGUCCCACACCGAGGGACCCAGGGCGGUCCACCGGCGCCCCGACAACUGGCCACCCGGUGGGGGUCGCAGAGACCCAAUGCCCAAUGCCAAUGCCACCCCCCCCCCCCCUCCCCCCACACACACACACACACACCCAGGAGAGCCAGACGCCCGCCCCACCCCCUCAACCUGCAGGGCCCGCGUUUUGUAACCUGUUUUGAUCAUGUUUUAUUGUUUAAAACAUUUGUACUUUUUGUAGUUUUGGACUUUUUAAAGUAGUGUAAUGUUAUCUGUUAUUUUUAAUGUUCUUAUUAUUAUUCCUUUUGUUAAUAUUAAUGUAUUUUAUAUUUAUAUAAUAACAUAUAAUGACUAAGCAGACAUAGUAACAGACAUUCCGUUGCCAUCCUAGCGAAACAUUUCCAAUCAAAUACAGUAUGACAUCACAAUCACGUUACAGGAGCAUCACUGUAUUUCUUUUCUUUAAUGGUAGUGGGCUAAAAGUGAUGAAUUUGCGUGGCCUGGUGAGGAUUUUAAUCAACUAAAGACGAGAGUGAGGGCACAAAAUGGGAUGAGGUCUCAUCCCCUGGGAUCUCAACCUUUUGAUUCCUCGUCUCUUUGUUGCCUUUUGUUCCACGUGGAGGCUUCUUCCCGUCGCUAUGACAACCAGCGAAAGGGCACACAGGACCUCAAGUCCAUAAAUGUAAUUCCGAUGUCACACUUUCAUACAAAGAUCCUGCAAAAUCGAUUUGAGUUGGAAAACUUACACCAGGUCACAGACUCAUUUUGACGUCAUGUGGAGGCGAGUCCGACUAUAUCUAGUCGGAACUUCUCGGCCUCGCACACCAGCUUGGGCUCCUUCCCUACCAGAGAGGUGACGUUCCACGUCCCUAGAGCCAGCUUCUGUAGCCGGGGAUCGGAUCGCCAAGGUCCCUGCCUUCGGUCACCGCUCAGCUCACAAUGCACCCGACCCCUAUGGCCCUUCCGACAGGUUGUGGGCCCAUGGGAAGGGGGACCCACGUUACCCUUUCGGGCUGUGCCCGGCCGGGCCCCACGGGUGCAGGCCCGGCCACCAGGCGCUCACCUUCGAACCCCAGCUCCAGGCCUGGCUCCAGAGGGUGGCCCCGGUGACCCGCGUCAGGGCAAGGGAAAACGUUUUCCUCUGUUGGCAAUCAUCAUAGGGGUAUUUGGAGCCGUGCUUUGUCUGGUCUCUCACCUAGGACCUGUUUGUCAUGGGUGACCCUGCCAGGGGCAUAAAGCCCCAGACAACUUACCUCCUAGGAUCAUUGGGACACACAAACCAAACAAAUCUAACAUACACGUACACAUACUGGGAACAGCACGGCUAAGAGAAAUCCAUCCAUCCAUCCAUUUUCUGAGCCCCUUCUCCUCACUAGGGUCGCGGGCAUGCUGGAGCCUAUCCCAGCUGUCAUCGGGCAGGAGGCGGGGUACACUCUGAACUGGUUGCCAGCCAAUCACAGGGCACAUACAAACAAACAACAAUUCGCACUCACAUUCACACCUACGGGCAAUUUAGAGUCUCCAAUUAAUGCAUGUUUUUGGGAUGUGGGAGGAAACCGGAGUGCCCGGAGAAAACCCACACAGGCACGGGGAGAACAUGCAAACUCCACACAGGCGGGACCGGGGAUUGAACCCGGGUCCUCAGAACUGUGAGGCUGACGCUCUAACCAGUCGGCCACCGUGCCGCACGGCUAAGAGAAAUGCUACAAAAUGAAGGGAAUAGAUACAAUUUUAUGGGACAAAUAUUAUUAAUACAAUUUUAUGGGACAAAUAUUAGAAUUUGGGUUGUAAAUGUAUGUCAGCCUGACCCUGACUUUUACCAAUCGGCAAAUGGAAAUUUGGAAUCAGGGUGGGGGAGGGUUGUAUUUCCUGGGUCAUCAUUUGACGCAGACGGACUGACCUGCUUCCAGAGGCACCCUUCACGUAACUUCUUUCACCCCAC